AAAGCGAAGAAAAUAUCCGGUUCACAUCCACGAUAUAAGAAAGUAUACGAUAAUACGACUGACUUCAUUCGAACUUCGAAGUCUCGAAUCGCGCGGUUCUUUCCCGCCAUGGAUUAUUUGAAAUCUGUGGUCCCUUCUCAACUCAUUGCUGAAAGAGGCGCCAAUCUAGUCGUGAUCAAUCCAGGUUCUGCAAACAUUCGAAUUGGUCUGGCUCAACAACAGUUCCCCUAUAACAUUCCUCAUUGUAUUGCUCGAUAUACAAACAGUGCGAACCGAGAGCCGAAGAGAAAUGUGCAAGAUCAGAUGCUUAAUUCUGAAAUUUUGCCUGCUCAGCACUUGGAGCGUGAGAAGGCAUAUGACAUGAUUGCAUCUUUGCUGAAGAUUCCCUUUUUGGACGAAGAAGUUGCGAAUAACUCUUUCCCCCGCAAGACAGUACGUGUUGAUGGGUAUAACCCACAAAGUAGCAGGAAGGACUCGACCUUCAGUUGGACAAAUGUGAUGGAGAAGAUUCCCAGUUCAUCAAUGGCAGUAGAAGGUUCAGAGAAUGAGGGUGUCAAAGAUCAACCCUUGGACCAGGCUGAAGGUAACCAGCCUGAAAGUGAUGAUGGUAAAGAACCUAGUUUGAGCCAAUAUAAGUUUAGAGAGUUUAUUUGUGGUGAAGAAGCUCUGAAGAUUUCUCCAACUGAGCCAUAUUGCUUACACCGCCCAAUUCGAAGAGGGCACUUCAAUGUUUCUCAACAUUAUCCCAUGCAGCAGGUGUUAGAAGACCUAUAUGUUAUAUGGGACUGGAUCUUGAAUGAGAAACUGCAUAUUCCUCAGGCUGAAAGAAACAUGUAUUCUGCUAUCAUUGUUGUGCCAGAGACAUUUGAUAAUCGAGAAAUAAAGGAGAUGCUGUCAAUUGUAUUGCGGGACUUGCGGUUUAGCUCUGCAGUGGUUCACCAGGAAGGUCUUGCUGCAGCCUUUGGUAAUGGCUUAUCAACUGUAUGUGUUGUGAACAUUGGUGCUCAGGUUACAUCAAUCAUCUGCAUUGAGGAUGGAGUGGCUCUGCCUACUACUGGAGUGACUUUGCCUUUCGGUGGAGAGGAUAUUUCUAGAUGCCUUCUAUGGAUUCAGCAGCAUCAUCAGACAUGGCCAUCAAUUUCCACAGACCCUUUAGUGAAGCCUAUAGACUUGUUGAUGCUGAACAAAUUGAAAGAGUCCUAUUGUCAAGUUAAAGAGGGAGAACUUGAUGCUGUCGCAGUAGUUCAUUCUUAUGAGGGUGGUAUGCCACCUGGAGCCCAUAAGACCAGACUAAAUGCACUUAAUGUUCCUCCUAUGGGUCUAUUCUACCCUCUGCUUUUGGUUCAAGAUGAGUACCCACCACCACCUCGUUCUUGGUUUCAUGACUACGAGGAUAUGCUGGAAGAUACAUGGCAUAUUGAUUUCGCUAGAAGAUCGGACAUGUCAGAGGGUUUAUAUCUUGGUGUUAAUGGUGGAAUGCCCAUGUGGGAUAACUACCCGGUUUUCCCAACUAGACUGAAGAAGGAAGACAAUCUUGGUCUUGCAGAGGCAAUAACUAGUAGCAUUCUUUCAACAGGGCGUAUAGAUCUUCAGAGGAAGCUCUUUUGUAGCAUACAAUUGAUUGGCGGGGUGGCUUUGACAAGUGGCCUGGUUCCAGCAGUGGAAGAAAGAGUUUUGCACGCUAUUCCUUCAAAUGAAGCAAUUGAUACUGUUGAGGUGUUGCAACCAAGAACAGAUCCAACAUUUGUAUCAUGGAAAGGCGGAGCAAUUCUUGGCAUUCUUGAUUUUGGUCGGGAUGCUUGGAUCCAUCGGGAGGACUGGAUUUGCAGUGGAGUUCACAUAGGGAGUGGCAGAAAAUACAAGGAUUCCUUUUUUCUUCAGGCACAAGCAAUGUGUUACAUAAAUUCCUGAAACACAACAGUGGCUGGCAUUUGGCAUUCCUGAAGAUAUACCAAUUAUUUCCUCAGCUGUCAGAGUAAGCAUCAUCAACUGACAAUUCAUCAUCUUCAGAGUUGGGAUCGUCUAGGUGGAAUAAUCAGUGUUAACAUUCCAACUGAGGGUGGGCCUUGGUGCAAUGCUUGGGUUGCUCCAUUGCAACCUGGGUAACCAGUGUUCAAAUCUUAGAAACAGCCUCUCUGUGUGUGCAGGGUAAGGCUGUGUACAUCUGUCCCUCUCCAGACCCCACAUUGGUGGGAGCCUCAUGCACCGGGCUGCCCUUUUUAUCCAACUGCCAGUUGUAGUUGCAAGAGAUCAUUGUUUUGGGCAUUUGCCAUAUUUUUAUUAGAUUUGCAAUAGCUAUCAUAGAAAUCUUUGAGCAAUUAUAUCAUGAUACUCUUAGAUUUGCGAGCCAAGUUUCUUGGAAAAUAAAAAAUCUUUGAACCUCCUUGUUUGGUCAUUAGCGUAUAAAAACUUUGAACAGUCUUUUUUAUUUAAUGGCAUGUUUGUUGGGAAAGGAUCAGCCUUAAGGCACAGUCAAAACUCAUGUUUGGGCUCUCAAGCUCUAGGUUGACAUGACCCUCCACAUUGACGUUAUAUUGCCAAACUUAAUGGACAAGAAAUUUUAUCAAAAAAAUGGAGAAGAGAUUAUCCUUU